CUCAAUUAGUCGAUGCUUUUGCUAAACUCACCCAACCCCCUCACUAUUAGUAUCGGGCCUUCCAAUCAAUCCAGGAUACCGCAACGAACGAGAUGCGUUUGUGAGGCUGAAUGCAUCACAGUCGAAUGCAGCAAUGAUUUCUCCCUCUCACUGACAUUCUUAAGACCUUCGAAUCUAUACGCUGCUGCUUGUCCCGUCCAACGCAGCUCGAAUAUUCGGUUUCAGUUUGCCAUGAAAGGAUAAAACUUUAUUGCCAAGGAGAUCCAGUGAGGAAGAUCGGUUUCUCUCUCGAUAUUGUCUGAGGUCUGACCCACUUUCCAUUUCAGGCAGCGAUGAGUUCGCACCACUUCGCGGCGGAGAUCGACUCCACCACCGACUCCGUCGCAUCCUCGCCGCGAUCGGACUACGUUGGCGGGGACGGGGGGCCGCCGCUCGUCCGCUUCAUGUGCAGCUUCGGCGGCAAGAUCCUGCCGCGGCCGCACGACAACCAGCUGCGCUACGUCGGUGGCGACACCCGCAUCGUCGCCCUCCAUCGCCACGCCACCACCUUCUCCUCCCUCCUCGCCAAGCUGGGCAAGCUCGCCGGUGACGCCAACUUCACGGUCAAAUACCAGCUCCCCAACGAGGACCUCGACGCCCUCAUCACCAUCGCUUCCGACGAGGAUCUGGAGAACAUGAUGGACGAAUACGAUCGCUUCUUCGCUCAAAAUUCCAAGGCUGCCCGGCUCCGGCUGUUUUUGUUCUGCAACGAGUCCGUUUCGAGGACCAGUAGCAUCAGCUCGCUUCUCGGCGGCUCGGCUAAGAGGGAGCACUGGUUUCUCGACGCCCUCAACGGCGGGGCGGGUCCGGGCCUGGAGCGGGGGCGAUCCGAGGUGUCUUCGAUUGUGUCGGAAGUGCCCGAUUAUCUUUUCGGGUUGGAAAACUCCGACGACCCGCCUAGGGAGCCGAAACAGAAGAGCAGGCUGAAUUUGUCCGAGACCGUUUCGAAUUCGGAUCCGGGUUCCCCCGCUCCGGUCGUUUCCUCUCCGUUCUGUUCAACAUCAUCGUCGCUGGCACCGCCGGUUCCGGAGCUUCCGCCACUCAAGACCGCUCCCGACCACACCAUGCCGGAGCUCCGGCCUGUCAAGAUCAAGCCCGAUAACCCCCCGGUUACAUUUGUGGAUACGAAGGAGACUCACUUUGACAAUUAUGGAGAAGCCACUGAGCCGCCGCCGGCGAUACAUACCGGGUUCCCGGGAAACCCACCACCAUGGCAGUAUAUUCAUAAUACCCAUUACCAGGGUCCAACCCUACAACAAGUUCCGGUAUACUACGUACCGGGUACGGUUCAAGGGGGAAACAUUCCGGUCCAGUCAGUGCCGAUUCGGGCACAAUAUGUCCAACCAUUCACAGCGCCACCGGGUCAAAUACCAGUUGGGUUCCGUCAGCCAGUUCCGGGUAUAACUCAGGUAUACGGCGGCGGAGUGAGACCGGUGGAUGCAUAUGAGAUGUCGACGAGAGCAAUUCCGGACGGCGUAAACCAACCAGUAUAUUAUGCAGUUAGGAACGCUCGGGCGGGUAUGGGUGUGCCAGGCGGGGAAGAAAUGCCGGUAAACGGGUCGAUGUGAAGAAGAUGGGGAUGGGGUCCCCCGCCAUGAUCCCAUCUGUGUUUUGAGUUAAGAAGGCUUGUUUGGAGUUUGGUUGAAUGGUGCGUGGUGUUGUACUAUAAAAGUGGGUGGUGACUCAGUUAAUGCUUUCAACUCCGCUCAUGGAAAGGGGUGGAGAAGAAAAAGUGUUAAAAAAACAAGGAUGUUGAUUGCUAUUAAA